AUGGCGACGGCGGCGCGGCAGCGGGGGACGGUGAAGUGGUUCAACGAUACCAAGGGCUUCGGGUUCAUCUCUCCCGAGGACGGGAGCGAGGACCUGUUCGUCCACCAGUCUUCGAUCAAGUCGGAGGGCUUCCGCUCCCUCGCCGAGGGCGAGGAGGUGGAGUUCUCCGUCUCGGAGGGCGACGACGGCCGCACCAAGGCCGUCGACGUCACCGGCCCCGACGGAUCCUACGUCAAGGGCGGGAGCGGCGGAGGCGGGGGCGGCGGGGGAGGCUACGGCUCCCGCGGCGGGGGCGGAUCUGGCGGCGGCGGUCGCAGCUACGGCGGUAGCUGGGGCGGCGGCCGGAGAUCCGGCGGCGGGGGCGGCGCCGGCGCUUGCUACAAGUGCGGCGAGCCUGGUCACAUGUCUAGGGACUGCCCCAGCGCCGACGGCGGCGGUGGAGGCUACGGUGGCGGUGGAGGCGGCUACGGAGGUGGCGGUGGCGGCGGCUACGGAGGUGGCGGAGGCGGCUGCUUCAAGUGCGGCGAGCAAGGCCACUUUUCCAGGGACUGCCCCAGCGGCGGAGGUGGCUACGGCAGUGGCGGGUACGGUGGUGGUGGCGGCGGUGCCUGCUACAACUGCGGCCAGACCGGCCACAUGGCCAGGGACUGCCCCAGCGGCGGCGGCGGCGGCGGAGGGAGGUUCGGCGGUGGCGGCGGCGACCGCUCCUGCUACAACUGCGGCGAGGCCGGCCACAUCGCCCGCGACUGCCCCACAUGA